AAUUUCAAGGACCCUGAAGCGGUGAGAGCUCUGACGUGUACCCUCCUGAAAGAGGAUUUUGGGCUUACGAUUGACAUCCCCGUGGAAAGGCUUAUUCCUACCGUUCCCUUGAGGCUGAACUACAUCCACUGGGUGGAGGAUCUCAUUGGUCAUCAGGAUGCUGACAAGCAAGUCCUUAGGCGAGGCAUUGACAUAGGGACAGGAGCAUCUUGCAUAUACCCAUUACUUGGAGCAACUUUGAAUGGCUGGUAUUUUCUUGCAACAGAAGUGGAUGAUAUGUGCUUCAAUUAUGCCAAGAAGAAUGUGGAACAGAAUAACUUGUCUGAUCUUAUAAAAGUGGUUAAGGUACCACAGAAGACUCUACUAAUGGAUGCACUGAAAGAAGAAUCUGAGAUCGUUUAUGACUUCUGCAUGUGCAACCCCCCCUUUUUUGCCAACCAAUUGGAAGCAAAGGGAGUAAAUUCUCGAAAUCCACGGCGUCCCCCUCCCAGUUCCGUAAAUACAGGAGGGAUCACAGAAAUCAUGGCUGAGGGGGGAGAACUAGAAUUUGUCAAAAGAAUUAUUCAUGAUAGUCUACAACUUAAAAAGAGGUUACGAUGGUACAGUUGCAUGUUGGGGAAGAAAUGUAGUUUAGCACCAUUGAAAGAGGAACUUCGAAUCCAGGGGGUUCCUAAAGUUACUCACACUGAGUUCUGUCAAGGACGCACCAUGAGAUGGGCACUGGCAUGGAGUUUCUAUGAUGAUGUACAAGUACCUUCACCUCCCUCUAAAAGAAGAAAAUUAGAAAAACCCCGAAAACCAAUUACAUUUAUGGUCUUGGCUUCUACAGUCAAAGAGUUAUCCAUCAAAGCUGCAGCUAUGGGCUGGGAUGCUGUAGAAGCUAUUGCUGUGGUUAGAGCCUGGGUAGAGAAGAUUCUCACUGAUCUGAAGGUUCAGCAUAAACGUGUUCCCUGUGGAAAGGAUGAAGUUAGCCUGUUUGUGACUGCCAUUGAAAACUCCUGGAUUCAUUUGAGGAGAAAGAAACGAGAGAGAAUAAGGCAAUUACGAGAACUUCCUCGAGCUUCUGAAGAUGUUCUGCAAGCAAUGGAAGAGGAAAAAAGCAGCCAGAAGAGUAUGAGCAACAAUUCAGACUGUGAAAACCCCAAGGCUGAAGACUCUGAAACGGGGUUUAUGGCACCUGAUGAGGAUAUUCACUUGACCACAGGUGACGAGCUGACGGAAGAAUCUGCUGCCAAAGAAGAACACAGUGAGCACGUGAAGGAGGAGGAGACAGAAGCAAUGCAGGCAGAAACGUCACUUGGCAAAGGUUCCAGUAAUGCAAAGGAGGAACCUUGCCCUUCAGAGGAAGCUAGCAAUCUGACAGUUGAAAAAGAACAAAGUCCCAAAGAAACUAGUAGAUGUUUUCUCUUUAAGUGUUUAAUGAAUGUGAAGAAAGAAGGAAAUGAUGUAUUAGUAGAAAUGCACUGGGUUGAAGGACAGAACAGAGACUUGAUGAACCAGCUGUGCACGUACUUACGGAACCAAAUUCUUCGACUGGUUGCUAGUUAGCCCUUUAUUCCUACUUUGGUAAAGUAAGUCAGUCGUCAAAUUUUGUAAAUGAUUUUUAAUGGAUGAAAAUUGUUGGUUAGCAAAACCUGUUUUUUCCCCUUAAAAAAUGAGUAAAGUGGAGAUUAAAGUCCGCUUUGAUAUUUUAAAUAGCUUUUCCAAAGCUGUAAGGAGUACAUGAAGUGUACUUCAUUGGACAUGAAGUGAUGGGGAAGUAACAGAUUUUGUGCUGCAGCUGCAAAACUACAUGUUAAAGUGAGACAUGUCUAUGCUGUGAACGUUUCAAAUAUCAACAGUGCUUAUUCUGAUCUUUUUUCUGGUGCAAUAGAAUUCUAUAUCGUUGCUAAGUAGACAUCUUUACUGAAAUAUUUUCUUCAAUAUUUUUUCAAGACUAAUGUAGGAAAUGGUUAGUCUGCUGUGGGAAUUGUUUUCUGCAGCGAGGAGUCUUCAGCUAAGGAUUUAAGUAUGCCUCUCUUCCCUUUAAUGCAUUUAACCUUUGGUCUAUGGAGUGGCAAGAUGGAUACAUCCUCUAAGUGUCAAUUCAUUAAAAUAAUCGCUUUAGAAAAA